AUGGCCAGAAGCUGUGACAUGUGUGGUAAGGGACCACGAUUUGGCCAUAAUGUCAGCCACGCUCACAAUCUCACCAACCGGCGCUGGAAUCCCAACCUGCAGCAGAUGCGGGUGCAGACGGCCAGCGGCCACGUCAAACGCAUGAAGGUUUGUACGCGCUGCCUGCGGUCCGGCAAGGUACGCAAGCCCGCUUAG